AGGCGAAGGAAGAGUCUGUUGUUCAUACGUUUCAUCACCCAAAGUAACAGAAAAUUAUACCCUCUCUCUCUCACACACACACCCACACACCGCACUCCUCUCUCCCACAAAAACAAAACCCUAUUUUCUGUCAAUUCCGUUCCCAAAACACACACACUCACACACACAGCAACAACACUCCCUCUGUUCUUCGUUUCAUCUUAUUCGUCUUCAUUCUGCUUCCUUCCAUUCUCAUUCGCACUAUCUCCCACGCACAAAAAUCUCUUGUUCUUUUUUUCUUUCUUCACUCCGAAACGCAUUCUCCUAAUCGGCGACACCGCUUUGGCUAGGUUGGGCGGUUACCGAAACGGUUGCGUUUCGUAUCCUCACCAAUCACUGCCUCCACCUCCUUCAACUCUAGGGUUAGUUUCUCUUUCUGCCUCUCUCUUAUUAUUUUUUCCCUCUUUCUCCUCACACGCCUCUUCGGUUUCUAAUUUUCACCCUAAUUUUCACGACUCUAUCUAACCCUAGGUUCUUUCGUAUCUGUUAGGGUUUCUGUAUUUCCUAACGGUUUUUUUUAAUCUCUACGUUCUGCGCUCAACACAAUAGGGAUAUUGCGUUCUCUUCAAUUGCUGAUUUCUGGAGUUCCAUUGUUGCUAUAACCGUGCCUGUUCUGGUGCGGGGAUCGGUUUCUGCCAUUUGGAGGUGAGGGCCUCUAUUAGAGUUUCGUACUGAAUGCGAAUCCAUCUUUUUUGCAUGAAGAUGGAGGCGUAGAGAACCCUUAUUUCCCAUUCACAGCAUUGUCUUGGUUUUUUUUUACAAGUCAUUGGGGGAAUUGCUUCUACCCCCUCUGUUUUGACGCCUUGUUUGAUUGCGGAAUAUAUGAGAUAGUUUAGCAUUGGAUUGUAGUUUCUAUAUAGUGAUAGAAGACCAUUAGAUUUGUGGGGUUGUUGCUACUGUGAGGAUAAGCUCUCGGUUUAUCGUCAGCUGGAUGGUACUUCUGAUUUGUGGAUUAAUCUAAUUUCAUGGUGGUAUUGUUGCCAUUGGCGUUUGGAAUUGUGUCGUUUCGGUACUGAAGAAGGUUAUUUCUUAAUUAGUCUUGGCAUUUAGAGGGAAGAAAGAUGAGUUGCUAGAGUUAGAUUCGGAAGUUUCAUAGUCAAGUAUAAGUCUUUUUGUUUAAGGAGUAGGGGUGGUGAAGAAGGUGCUCGCGCAAUUGAGUUAGUUCUGAUCAUGUUCAGUGUUCGUUAUGGAAAAAAGUGAACCUGCGUUAGUUCCAGAAUGGUUGAGAAGUGCUGGAAGUGUUGCCGGGGCUGGCAGUUCAGCCCACCAUCCAUCUACUCAUACAGGUAUAUUCUUUGCUCUAAUUUUUCAUGUAUAUUUUUCAUGUUCUACAUCUUUUACUAAAAUUAAGGCUUCAGAUAAUCAGCUAAUACACACUUGUUCAGAAAAUAACUGUAAUCUCCAUAAAGUUUUUUAUUUAUUAAUUGCCACAAAUGAUUUUGAUGGUCCUCGCUCUGGGUAUCUUGAACGGACAUCAUCAUCUAAUUCUCGGAGGAAUUCUAUUAAUGGUUCUGCCAAGCAUGCCUACAGUAGUUUCAACAGAGGUCAUCGGGAUAAGGAUCGUGACAGAGACAAAGAUAGAUCCAGUUAUGGAGACCACUGGGAUCGUGACUGUUCUGAUCCAUUGGCCAACCUCUUUCCUGGAAGGACGGAGAGGGAUGCUUUGCGGCGUUCCCAUUCGAUGGUUUCCAAGAAACAUAGUGACCUUUUGCCCCACAGACUUGCAGUAGAUACAAAAUCUGGUGGCAAUAGCAACCCUAACAAUAGCAAUGGUAUACUUUCUGGGAGUAGUAUUCAGAAAGCUGUGUUUGAUAAGGAUUUUCCGUCACUUGGAGCUGAAGAGAAGCAGGGAAUAACUGAAAUUGCAAGAGUAUCAUCUCCUGGUUUGGGUGCCACUGCUAGUCAGAGUCUACCUGUUGGCAGCUCAGCUUUGAUUGGUGGUGAAGGAUGGACAUCUGCACUUGCAGAGGUACCUGCUAUAAUUGGAAGCACACCUGCUGGGUCUCUAUCAGUGCAACAAACAGUUACUCCAACUUCUGGAUCUAUAACUUCAACGGCAAAUACGUCAGCUGUUGGUCUUAACAUGGCCGAAGCUUUGGCACAGACACCAUCCCGAGCUCGUUCUACUCCCCAGGUGUCAGUCAAAACCCAGAGACUUGAAGAGCUGGCUAUCAAGCAGUCUAGGCAAUUGAUUCCAGUGACACCAUCAAUGCCUAAGGCUUUGGUUAACAAUUCUUCUGACAAGUCAAAGCCCAAAGCAACAGUAAGAAAUGCUGAUAUGAGUAUUGCUGCCAAAAGUGUGCCACAGCAACCCUCUGUGUUGCACAUUGCUAAUCAAUCUGUUCGCAAUGUAAAUGCCAAAGGUGAUGCUCCAAAGACAUCUGGAAAGUUUACUGAUCUGAAAUCAGUGGUUAAGCCAGUUGUCUAUGAAAAUGGUAUUUCCCCUCAUCUCAAGGAUCCACCAACUCCAACAAAUUAUUCUAACAGCAGACCUGGAAAUCAACUUGCUGUUGCUUCAGCAGGUGCCUCAACACCUUUGAGGAAUCCCAAUAAUGUUAAAUCCCCGACCGAGCGGAGGGCACCUUCUUUGGAUGUUAAAUUAGGUUCCACUAUGGAUAAGAAACACUUGAUGUCUCAACUCCAGAGCCGAAAUGAUUUCUUCAAUAACAUCAAGAAGAAGACAAUGAUGAACACCUCCACAGCUCUUCCAGAUUCAAGCACAGUGAUUUCACCACCCACGGUGGAAAAAUCUGAUGACAUAGAUGGGGGAGCCGGUGGCCUUCAAGCAAGUACUCAAGAUCUUGAGAACAAUGCUGAAAUUACCAGCAAUGGUAAUGCUCAUGGAGAUGUUCACAGAGUUGCUGAUAAUGAAGAAAAAGAUGCAAUUCCUGAUGAGGAAGAGGCAGCAUUCCUUCGUUCUCUUGGCUGGGAGGAGAAUUCUGGUGAGGAUGAGGGACUCACAGAAGAGGAGAUCAAUGCCUUCUAUCAGGAAUGCAUGAAGUUGGGCACCACUACAUUAAAGCUAUGCCAGGGAAUGCAGCCAAAGUUGUCCAAGUUGCUUGAAUCAUAUGCUACCAACAUGAAUGGUGCUUCUGCUGACUCCGGAUCUGAAGCUUGAUAUUGUUUUAUCAUGGACAGAUCAAAGUUUCAAUUUUUGAUGGCAGAUGGCUAGUAACAUUCUUCCCUUUUGAUUUUAAAGGCAGAAAAUUUGAGAGUGAAAGGUGGGUUUUGAUUGGAGACCCUGCAUUUUGCAAAUAUUGCAAUAAGUCACAGGUGCCUCAAUCCUGCCUGCUUAACAGGGUUUUUCUUUUUUUGGGUUAAAAGUUAUAGGUUGGUUGGGUAGGAUAGGGUAGGGGCCAUUUUGUCUGCAGUGGAAGGUGCUAGGCAAUUGCAUCUUUUGGGGUAUUUUGAUCCGUUUUUCUUUCAAGAGGGUUUGAUUCUACAUGAUAAAAAGUUUAUGAUGUUUUUGGUCAAUUUUACGGAAAAAAAGGAAAAAAUCAAAAGUUUACUUUAAAUUUUAGAGUAUGUUAAUAUGAUUAUAUUCUUGGGAAGUUUGGGUUUUCGUCAGGGGAAGUAACCGGUUGUUUUCCACUGUCAAAGAUCACGUCAAUACAGGAAUUCGCUUUGUAAAUCCGUUCUCAAUUGAAUACUAUUUUCUAAUAUUUCAAUUCACAA